AUGAUCGGUUCAAUUGUGUAUCCGCCCUUCUGCCGCGCUACCCCUAUCUUCGUAGUGGUCUGCAUGGUCUACCUGUUGUCCUCGGCUUCUGGCGAGUACGAAGGCAGAGAUUCGUUGAGCAGUGUAAGCAACGACAGAGUGACGAAUAACGAAUUUGGCUCGUGCACCGAUGGCAAGUGCAUUAAGCGUACCUCGCAGGAUAUCACCAGUGGUAUGUGGUUUGGACCAAGGCUUGGACGUCGACGUCGAGCAGACCGGAAAUCGGACGCUGAUUUGGAUGCUCUUGCCAACGUGCUUGACAGCUCACGUUGGGCCGUCAUCAGUAUUCCAGGAGCAGAGAAAAGGCAACCAACACAGUUUACUCCUCGUUUGGGAAGAGAAUCAGGGGAGGAAUUCUUCUCGUACGGCUUUCCAAGGGACCAAGAGGAAUUGUAUGCGGAGGAACAAAUCUUUCCUCCAUUAUUCGCGCCACGUCUAGGGCGUCGAUUACCUUGGACACCUUCUCCAAGGCUUGGACGUCAAUUGCACACUAUUCUAGAGAAAUCUAGACAGAAUUUCGACGAUGCACGCUUUUAA